UUCUCUUGCAUCGAACGCCACUAGUAACGGUCAGCAACUGUCAACCACUCAAACCAAAACUCCCUCUCUCACUCAAUCAGAUACUCUCUCGCUAGUUCCUUCUUCUCACUCAACAAUGGCGCUUAGAUUUCAUGCAUCAAACAUUAGCGCAUGCCCACCUCCAUUCCCGCAUAGAAUUCACAAAUUUUUCUCUUCAAAGCCCUUCAAGCCCUCUGCAACUCGCCCAACUUCUCUUCUUUUGAGAGCCUCAGUUGUAGAACAGCAAGAGCUGACCUUCACUGAAGAAGAAAACCAGCUCAUUGAUGCCCUUAUCGGCAUCCAAGGCCGUGGCAAAUCAGCUUCUCCUCAGCAAAUCAACGAUGUUGAACGUGCAGUCAAAAUCCUUGAAGAUUUACCAGGCGUGCCUGAUCCAACAGGUUCUAGGUUAAUUGAGGGUCGUUGGCAACUAAUGUUUACAACAAGACCUGGAACAGCUUCACCAAUUCAGAGAACAUUUGUGGGGGUUGACAAUUUUAGCAUAUUUCAAGAGAUAUCCCUUCGAACAAAUGACCCGCGUGUAGCAAAUAUUGUGAAGUUUUCUGAAGCAAUAGGUGAGCUAAAAGUAGAGGCAGAAGCAUCGAUCGGAGAUGGAAAAAGGAUCCUUUUCAGAUUCGAUAGAGCAGCCUUCUCUUUUAAAUUCCUACCUUUUAAGGUACCUUAUCCAGUGCCAUUCAGGCUUCUUGGUGAUGAAGCAAAGGGUUGGCUGGACACUAUAUAUUUGUCUCCCUCUGGAAACCUCCGCAUAUCAAGAGGAAAUAAGGGCACCACAUUUGUGCUGCAAAAGAAAACAGAUUCAAGGCAACAGCUACUAGCUGCCAUUUCAACUGGAACAGGAGUUAGAGAGGCAAUUGACGAGUUUGUCGCCUUGAAUGGGAAUACAGCUGAAGAUGAACCAGAACUCAUAGAGGGAGAAUGGCAGAUGAUAUGGAGUUCUCAGGUGGAGACAGAUAGUUGGUUAGAGAAUGCAGGCAAUGGUCUCAUGGGCAAGCAGAUUGUCAAGAAGGAUGGACAACUGAAAUUUGUGGUUGAUAUCUUGCUUGGGUUCAGAUUCUCCAUGACCGGCACGUUUGUAAGAUCAGCAGCCAACACGUACAAUGUCACCAUGAGUGAUGCAGCCAUUAUUGCAGGGCAGUUUGGUUAUCCCAUAGAGGGGAUGGAAACAAAGAUCAGUCUGGAGCUGCUGUACAGCGAUGAAAAGAUCAGAAUCAGCAGAGGAUACAACAACAUUCUUUUUGUGCACGUAAAGAGCAACGGAUUGAAGAAAAAGUAAAUUCCAUAAUUUGAUAAUACAAUGACUACACAUGUAAUCGAUAUAACAAGACUCUGACUUCAUAUGAAGUUUUUGUGGUCAAUAGUUGCCUAUUGACUGGUCAUCUAAGAACAGUAGCAUAAUGAUGAAUUUUAAAACAA